AUGCCGUGCGGCGGAGCUCGUCCUCACGGCGUGAGAAUCUUUCCCGAGCACACGCUGCUGCACACGCGAUGCGUGUGGCGGAGCUCGUCCUCACGGUGUGAGGAUGUUUCCCGAGCACACGCGCUCCCUGCCGUAGCCGCAGGGUCAGUGCGACUCCAAGGUGGCAAGAAUGAGUUUGAAGGUACCGUGGAGGUUUAUCUGAAUGGAGCCUGGGGAACAGUCUGUGGCAGCCACUGGGACAACAAUGAUGCAACAGUUGUAUGUCGACAGCUUGCACUUGGUGAGAAAGGUGCAGCAAAACACAUACCACUUGCUGGACGGGGCCUUACCCCUGUUUACUGGAGUGACRUACGUUGCCGUGGGGAUGAAGAAAAUAUACUGUUGUGUGAGAAAGACAUCCGGCAGGAUGGAACCUGUCCUCAGAAAAUGGCAGCUGCUGUUACAUGUAGCUCUUCCCUGGSCUCGGCCUUUAUUCCGAUCCGCCUGGCUGGUGGGAACCACGCUCAUGAAGGACGAGUGGAAGUCUACCACGCUGGCCAGUGGGGCACCGUCUGUGACGAUCAGUGGGAYGACGCAGAUGCUGAGGUCGUGUGUCGGCAGCUUGGCCUCGGGGGGGUUGCCAAGGCGUGGAGCCAGGCCCAUUUCGGGGAGGGCUCCGGCCCGGUGCUGCUGGAUGAAGUGCGUUGCACAGGAAAUGAGCUGUCUAUAGAACAGUGCCCUAAAAGCUCCUGGCAAGAACACAACUGUGGCCACAAAGAAGAUGCUGGUGUUUCCUGCACACCUCUUACAGAUGGAGCAUUGAGACUAGCGAGUGGGAAGGGCAGCCACGAGGGUCGCCUCGAGGUCUAUCACACCGGGCAGUGGGGCACGGUCUGCGACGAUGGGUGGACUGAGCUGAACACACAGGUGGUUUGCCGCCAGCUGGGAUUUAAGCAUGGGAAAAGAAUUCCUGAGAGCUACUCAGAAGGAAGUUCUGGGCCCAUCUGGCUGGAUGAUGUGAGCUGCUCAGGGAAGGAGUCAAACAUCCUGCAGUGCUCAAAAAGAGAGUGGGGAAGGCACGACUGCAGCCAUCAGGAGGAUGUGAGAUUAAUUUGUCAUCCAGACAACGACAGCCACAAACUCUCCCUCAGCCCUCCCAUCAGGCUGAUGGAUGGUGAGAAUAAGAAGGAAGGACGUGUAGAGAUUUUUAUCAAUGGCCAGUGGGGAACCAUUUGUGAUGACGGAUGGUCUGAUCAGGAUGCAGCUGUAGUCUGCCGACAGCUUGGCUACAAAGGCGUAGCCAGAGCAAGGACAAUGGCCUAUUUUGGGGAGGGAAAAGGCCCGAUCCACGUGGAUAACGUGAAGUGCACGGGAAGCGAGAGAUCGCUGGCAGACUGCAUCAAAGGGGACAUUGGGACGCACAACUGCCGCCACAGCGAGGACGCCGGCGUCAUCUGCGAGCACCCGGGCAGGAAGGGCCCCGGGAGCAGCCACAAAGAUUCUCUUGCUUCUGUUUGUGGACUGAGGUUACUACAUCGCCGACAAAAGCGAAUAAUUGGUGGGAAAAACUCUUUACGGGGCGGCUGGCCCUGGCAGGUGGCUCUGCGGCUCAAGGCGGCUCACGGCGACGGACGGCUCCUGUGCGGCGCCACUCUCAUCAGCAGCUGCUGGGUCCUCACCGCUGCCCACUGCUUUAAGAGGUAUGGCAAUAACACUCGGAAUUAUGCCGUGCGAGUUGGAGAUUAUCACACGCUGGUACCUGAAGAGUACGAGGAAGAACUCGGAGUGCAGCAGAUAGUGAUGCAUGAAGAGUACAGGCCCGAGAGCAGCGACUACGACAUCGCGCUAGUGAGGCUGCAGGGCCCCGAGGAGCAGUGCGCCAGGUUCAGCGCCCACGUCCUGCCCGCCUGCCUGCCGCUGCGGCGGGAGAGACCGCACAAAACCGCGCYCAACUGCUAUAUCACUGGCUGGGGUGACACAGGGCGGGCCUAUUCAAGAACACUGCAACAAGCGGCCAUCCCGUUGCUGCCCAAGAAGGUAUGYGAGGAGCGCUACGCGAGCAGGUUCACGGGAAGAAUGCUGUGCGCCGGGAGCCUGCGGGAGCGGAAACGCGUGGACAGCUGCCAGGGAGACAGCGGCGGGCCGCUCAUGUGCGAGCGCCCCGGCGAGAGCUGGGCUGUCUACGGCGUGACCUCCUGGGGCUACGGCUGCGGCGUGAAGGACUCUCCGGGCGUCUACACAAAGGUCUCGUCUUUUGUACCCUGGAUAAAGAGUGUGACCAAAUUAUGAAUGUCCUGAAUCAAAAUCUGGCAAUACGUUUCGAGGUAGCACAGCUUAAAACAGCGCAGACAGCUGGGUCCCACAACACAUGGGAACAGAUGUUUUCCCAGUUCAUGUGUCUUCCUACACACAACCUUGCCAGCUAGGGAUUACAAUGCAGAUAAACUUACAGAUAAACUUCUGUUUGCGGAAGUUUAUAUUCCAUGAACAAAUAUCCAUGUAGAUAACGGCAGAAGCGAUCACUAUCUUAGAGUAACAUUGGAGCGCAACAGUUGGAGAGUCUACUACUAGAUUCACUGUUCAGAGAUGACUAUCAUAGCAGUUAUUCAUGCUCCAAGCUUCUCUAGAGCCACAGAUCUCAAAAUUAAUUUCCAGUCUAGUCUAUUUAAUCUGUCCUUGGCCAUUUCCCUAUUUAUUGUUCCUAUGGUCUUAUAUUCAAGUCCUUUCACCUUGUCUCAUGUUUCAUUCAUCCUGGUGAGGAUUCUGUGCAGGCACUGAAAUGUUACAGGAAAACAAUACAAAAAUCCCCAGAUAAACAGUUCUCACAUCUUAGUUUCCAAAGCACAUUCCCAAGCAAAGCAGACAAGGCUCUGGAAGCAAUUACUUUCUCCUCAAAAAACCCUGCACAGCUGCAUGAGCUAGAUCAAAAACUCUACUUGCUUUGAAUUUCAGAAAGACAACCAUUCUUGAUCUAGAGGGAGCCUUCCCCAUCCUCCUCCUCAUUUUUGGCAUAUGCAUGUAAUGCAACAUGCAACAUUUUGCAUUUAAGCAUUUAAGGUUUUUUUCUUUCUUGCCACUAGCCCUUGGUACAUUAUCAGUCUCAAACAAUCCAGUUCUCUAACAAAAAUUAAAAUAAUACAAGCUCAUAGAUUAUUGGCUUUGGAGGGGCUUUACUAAAGUAACAUUGGGAAUCUCUACUGAWCUUACAAGGAAAUUAAGUGUAAGGAUAUAGAAUGCAAGAACUAGAGAUGUUGAGCCAAUACAAAUUUUAAAAGGUUAUAAUCUUAAAUAAGUUAUAUAAAACAAGGAAUUCUAUCAUGUUUAGUUGGAAUACCAAUUCAAUCUGACCUAACCAGAAAGGUAGAGCUACCUGAAAUUCGUAUACGCAAAAUACUUGUGUAUCCUUCAUCUAGCAAUUACUCACCCUUCUCACUGCAAUUCAGGAUGCUAUCGGAAAAAACAGUCACGGGGUCCCAAAUGUCCUUUUACAUUCCAAACAAUAUUUAACAUGACUAAAAAAGGUAGUUUCCAAAGGCUUAAGCUUUAGCAUACCUGGAUUCCCUUUGUCAAUUCCUUUCAUAAGAUUCUGUUCCCAAGGCUAUGGAAACCUUAGUUGUUUAUUAUAAAAUUACUCUGACAGAAAGUGACUUCUACUUAGUACAGCAUGAGAUGUAUUAAAGAACUAUUUAGUAGUGCUAUUAACUUCUUUAUCACACAGAAGACAAGUAAUUAUGUUUCCAGGGCACCCUGUUUGGUAACAAGUUAAUUCCAAAAGCUUUGAAGGUCAAGAAAUACUCCAGUGUGAAAGAUGGGGCCGUUGUGGUGGAUAUAACUGUACAAACUGUGACUACCAGCUACGGUUUUUCUGUUUCCUUUCUCCAAGUAUUCCAGCUCAGUGUUAUCUGGCCUUUUCUGAACAAAGUAGGAUCCUUGUGUUCAUACUAUAAGUGGGUUAUUGUCCACUUCUGUAAGCUUCCAUGGCUCGCCAGUGUAACAAAUACUCUAGACAGUUUAGCUUGCAUGCAAAAAAAUGGUAAUAUUGCAAUAUCCCAUGUGAUGGAAGACUUGGUCCUCAGUUUUUCUCCAGACCUCAAAAGUGAUUUUCAAGGGCCAUGACUAGUUUAAAUACCUUGUUGAAUUGGUGCUAAGCUAGAAUACAUAAGGUGCUUUUAUACAGUAUUUAAAGCCUUCUGUAAUUCUGCACUACUGGUAUAGCAUGAAAUACUUAAAAUUAAAAAAAAAAAAAAAAUCACAGUACAACAACCAUCUGUCAGACCUAUAUGAAACACUCUGCUGGUGAUUUUUAAAUCCAUUCAUAUUUUUACUGCUUAUAUAGACCCCUUUUAAUUAAAAUGAUAGAAGAGGAAUUACAUUUGUCAGAAGAAAAUCUACUUGUACCAUCAAAACUUUGUUAAAUAAGGCAUGCUAUUUUGAUGCUUG